UAGUUCACAAGGUACAUCCAGUCUACCUUGAAUUCCAUUCAGGAAAUAUUGGUUGGACCUUAGCGCUCAGCGCAGCGCCUGUGUAGUUCGGUUGUCGUGGCAACACCACGCCAAACCGAGACACUCCCCAAAACAAUAUAGAUUAUUCCUACAUUUAUACGGACAUUAUUGAUUUUACUUAAACAGAUUAAACCUAUAUAAUGUCAGACAUUAUUUGUCAGUGGCUAAAUGUGGAGCUCCGGCUGUCAAAAGUCACUGAGCCCUAUUCGUUCACCAGGGAUUUUGCAAACGGUUAUCUGAUAGGAGAGAUCCUGCACAGAUAUGAACUGCAGGACGACUUUCAUCUGUUCUCCAAACAAAGCACGGCGAAUGCGAAGCUGAAUAACUUCACCCGCAUUGAGCCCACCCUGCAGCUGCUGGGCGUGCCCUUUGACCUGGCCAUGGCCAAAGCGGUGAUGCAGGGCAGGCAGGGGGCGGCCACACAUCUGCUCUACCAGCUCUACAUACAGCUGCAGAAGAAGAAGAAAUCAGGCCUCACUGCCACAGCCAUGGAGGUCAUGCAGCCUGCAGCCACGGCCCGACUGCACCGCGUAGAGAACAGCAUCUAUACUGAGCGCUUGAAGACGGUGGUAAAGCGUGAGACAGAUCUGAAGAUGCAGAAGAUCGCAAAACACUUCCAUAAAAGAGGGCAGGCCAUGUACAACCGCUCGGUUAUGGCUGAACUCCUGAAGGAGGAGGACCGGCUCAAACGGCAGGAGGAGAGGAGGCUGAGGGACAUCGAGAAGCACCGGCAGGCACGCAGAAAACAGCAUGAGAUCAUGAUUCAGAUUCAGUCGGCUAUUGUGCAGAUCCCUAAACCUCCACACGCUCGCACAUCAAGAGCUUCUGACAAACAGCUUCAGUUUCGCAAAAAGCAAGAGGUUGAGUAUGUUCAUCAUGAGAUAGCUCAGUUUGAGAAGAAACAGAAGAGGACUUCUCCUGCUGGAGCUGGAGCCUUUCUUUACAGUGGUCGUGUGACCCAGCCAAUGAGUACAGUUGACAAAGAACAGUGGAACAAGGAGUACAUCGAAAGCAUCCGUCAGCGUCUGGAGGAAGACUCUGCUGCCCGGGAACAAAGAGAGAUGCGGAGACGCCGUGCGCUGAUGGAACAGCUACAAGCCAAAUAA